UCGCACUUGUAGAAAUAAAGCGUGUCGUAUCACGCUUCAGACCAGCUUGAACAAAAAAGGGAAUCCCAAAAAGCCUUCCUCAUCCCAGGACACUUCAACAGGUAAAUAAAUACCUUUAAAUAAACGGAAAAAUAAAGAAAAGGCGCUUAUGAAGGCGUCCAAUGAUAAAACAUAAGCCUGUUUGCUUUAAAUGAAACAGAUCAAUGCAGACAGAGAGCUAUUUUUCUUUAUUUUCCUGAUAGUCACCUGUUGAAAAGUCCUGGAGUAAGGAAUGCUUUUUAACAGUAGUCGCACAUGUAUUUCAGACAAUGUUGGUUAUGGUUUUAUUUGUAUCUGAAGGAUGCCAGAAGAGCUGCAUUACUCUACAGUGGUUUUAAAAAAUUAAAAAAUGUCUUCACCAAAAGUGGAGGAGGGCCCUGCUCCCCACUCUCAAACCUUUGGAGGAGUGGCAUUGUGUUUGGGGGUUCUUUGUGUCCUGUUGGUGUCAACCAUUUUACCUCUCUGUGUCUACUUCAGCACUGCCCUCUCAGAGCACAACACAAAUUUGGUGAGGGAACUGGAGCAGCUAACAGAUGAGCAUAUAUCCCUACUGGCAGCCAAUCAGGACCUAAUGAAUCUCUACUGCAAGCUGAGUGUAGCCAAUCACAUUUUGCAGAGCGAUUACAUCAAAGUGUCUACUGAAAACCAGCAAUUGAAGGCAGAGAGGAUGAACUUGUCAAGAGACCGGGAUGGGCUCAACUGGACUCUUGGGGUCAUAUUUCAGUUGAAGAAUUUCCCAGUUGAUAACUACUGCCCAUAUGAAGAUGCCAACACCAAAGAUAGAGCAUGCAAACCUUGUCAAGUUGGCUGGGUGCUGUUCCAAUCCAGUUGUUACCUGUUUCUGCACAUUAAAGUCCCCUUCGGUCACCUUUGGAGGACCUGGCAAGGAAGCAGACAGCACUGCAAAAACAACAAUGCCGAUUUGGUUGACAUAGGCAGUCAAGAGGAACAGGAAUUCAUUCUCAACAACACUCAAGCCUACUAUGAUGAAGAUCAUGGGUACUGGAUCGGCCUGACUGACAUAGCAGAAGACGGUCAAUGGCUUUGGGUUGAUGGACGUAAUCAGAAUCUGACUGAUGGGUUUUGGAAGAUUCAACCUGUAUGGGGUCGCGAUUGUGCUUUAACUAACCCAAACAAUGAACCUUUGGCUAAUUGGAAUGCUGCAUCAUGUGGCCAGAGAAACCGAUGGAUCUGUGAGAGUAAAGCAUUAAUAUGGUCAGGAUAAAUUGAGCCACGUUCACAGU